AUGGCUGCCCGCCCCGCGACCUCCAGCAUCGCCAUGGCCCUUGCUGGCAAGACGCCGUCGGUCGACAUCCCCAAAUCGCGCGACACCCGCCGCACCUACCCUGCCAGCGCCGGCCUGGACCUCCUCCCCGGCCAGCCCGCCCUGCUGCCCACGCCCCCCAGCUCCAUCUCCCCUGCACUCCACCCGCACGGAUUCAAACACCGCGCCUGCAAGAUGCCAGACUCGCCGCCGCUGAUCCCCGAGCACGUCGACUCCGAUAUCGACCUGCAGGACGCCGUCCAGCUCCGUGGGCCCGCCGCCAAAUUGGUCCCCGAGGCCCUGCACUCUCUGGACAGCGCCGAGGCCAUCACCCCGGCCCUGCUCGCAAAGCAGCAUCUCCCUGACAUCCUGCUCAAUCACGGCCCCCUGGCCAUCCGCCACAUUAUGGGCUAUCUGACUACGUCAGUCCCGGGAUUUUCAUCCAUUGCUCCUGCCAAGGCCAGGAGAUUGGUCGUCGGGGCCCUGGAGGGCAAAGGAGCAAUGGGAGAAGGAGGUGGGAUAACCGGCGAGGUGGAGUUCGAAAAAGUUGGCUGGGGCCGAUGGGACGCGAAACGACGCGGUGCCGUCAGAAAUCGCCCAGUCGGUGCCUUGUCGCCGCCCUGCCACCCCAUGUCUCAUCUGCGUCAGGUGUCUCGCGGCUCCACUGAUUUUAGCCUCAAGGAGGAGCAUCAUCGCUAUGGCUCGUCGUUUGCUGGAGAGUCCGCCGUCUUCUCCCAUUCCGAAUGGGGGUACGGCGAUCAGACCGACCAGAGCCUCGCCGAGCAUGAGGCCGAUAAGAUGUCGCUGGACGGCGAUGACCGUGCGUACUGCUCGUCGCUUCAGGCCUCCGACGACGACGAACUUAUGCACGGCGACUGGGAAGAAGCAGACGUGACCGAUGAAGAAGACUGGGCGCAGAUUGGAGCUGCCGCCCUCAGGGCGCGAUUCACCAGCUCUGGGGGCGAGGCGUAUUCUCCCACUCGAUCAAAAGGUGGCUCGGGCGGCGGACCAUCGUUGUCCACGCUCGCUAAGUCAGUACCUGGUCGAUUCCCGAUACAGAACGUUGGUUUUUCUUUCUCGGACGGCAUUGGCGGUAGCUUCGAAGAACGCGCGGCGGUUGAAGCGCUUUUGCAAAUGGGAUCCAUGUAA